CAAAAAAUCGAGACGAAUCCUUGACUUUGCUUAUUAUAGACGAUUUUUACCUGUAUAUAAGGAAAUCAACAAGCUGUGAAGUUAAUUAUUUCAUUUGGUUGGUGUCUUCUUAGCAGCGAAGAAAGAGGAGUGUAAAAUGAGGGGGUUUGUUGCAGUGGUUGUCUCAUUAUUAGCCUUCAUCCUACUAGUAUCCCAAUGCACCGCUCUUCCCAAUCCGUGGGGCAACUACAAUAGAGGUGGAGGUAGGGGCUAUGGCGGCGGAGCUGGGUACGGGUAUGGUGGCGGAUACGGUGGUGGCGGCGGUGGAGGAGGCGGCGGAGGAGGCGGUGGUGGUGGUGGCUAUGGAGGCGGUUAUGGCGGUGGAUACGGUGGAGGAUACGGAGCUGGCUAUGGUGGUGGACGUGGUCAUGGAAGACAUGGUUAUGGAAAAUAACGUAUUCGAAAUUAGAAAAAAUGGUUCACCUAAUUAAUGAUGAAAGAUUUUAUACUGUGUUAUUUUUGUAAAUGUUCAAUCUGUAAUAUAAAUUAUUUUUUACCAUACAUAA